CCUCCUCUUCUUCUUCCUCGGGGCGGGCAGGGCUGCAGCAGUUUUAUGAACGGCACGGCUGCAUCAUGAUCCCUUUCCCACUGAAGCAGCCCCGAGCUGUUUCAUUGACAAACAUUCCGGUUGCUGCAUUUCUGUCACGGACAGCGUCGAGGAGCGGAGCAUCACCAGGGAAGCGGUGCAGAACAGCAGCCGCAGAACAGGCAGCAGAAGCUGCAGUGAUCAUCAUCAACAACCCCCGGCGUCGUUCGCACCAGUUUAUAAGCUGUUGAUUCGCCACUAGGACCCGGGCUGGAUCCUCACGCACCCCCUCUUCGUCCUCCACGCUCUCUCGGGACAGCCAGAAGAAUCACCUGAGGGGGGGACCAGACAGCUUUGGCCACCCAGACCCCUUGGGGGAUGUGAAGCGGCGUCGUUAACGCUCACUCACUGGCAGAUUUCUGGAUUUGUUUUAAGACUUCCAUGAAGCGCCGGGACGCACCGAUGGAGGAUUCUGGACGCUUUUUAAAAUCACGGAUAUCUGCGAGACUGCAGCGGCCGGUGUGUGAUGAGAACUGAGCCGUGGGUGGUGUAGACCCCCUUCCCUGUACCCCACACACCCCCACCGCCUUUCCGCGAACCCUCCCCGGCAACCGGGACGCACAGCCUUGUUUCACUCCACCGGGGGAACAUGUCCCGGGCAGCGGCUAUCGCCAGCUCCCUCAUCCGCCAGAAGCGGCAGGCAAGGGAGCGGGAGAAGGCGAAUGCUUGCCGCGGUAGCGGCAGCCCGAGCAACAGCAAAGGCGCAAACGAGAAGCCGAGCAAGCUGAACGUUUUCUCGCGUGUCAAAUUGUUUGGAUCGAGGAAGAAGCGGAAGAGAAGGCGACCACCAGAGCCCCAGUUAAAGGGCAUUGUUACCAGGCUUUCCAGUCGCCAGGGCUUCCAGCUGCAGAUGCAGCCUGACGGCACCAUUGAUGGAACCAAGGACGAGGACAGCACCUAUGCUGUGUUCAACCUGAUCCCAGUGGGGCUUCGUGUGGUGGCCAUCCAGGGCGUCCAGACCAAACUCUAUCUGGCAAUGAACAACGAAGGCUUUCUCUACACCUCUGAACAUUUUACCCCGGAGUGUAAGUUCAAGGAGUCGGUGUUUGAGAACUACUACGUCACCUACUCCUCCAUGCUGUACCGGCAGCAGGCCUCAGGUCGGGCCUGGUACCUGGGACUCAACAAGGAGGGUGGAAUCAUGAAGGGGAACCACGUCAAGAAGAACAAGGCCGCCGCACACUUCAUACCGAAACCGCUGAAAGUGGCCAUGUAUAGGGAGCCCUCCCUCCAUGACCUGACAGAACUCUCACGGUCAGGCAGCGGCACGCCGACCAAGAGUCGCAGCGCUUCGGCCCUACUUAAUGGCGGAGGGAAGUCGCCCAGCAACAAUGACUUAUCCUAGCCCCCACCCCUCACACCUAACACACACACACACACACACUCACACACACACUCACAGACACACUCACAGACCGCACACACACACACACACACACACACAGAUCUCAGGCCGACAUGCCCACACAUCAGGCUGGUGAGGGGUAGGAGGAGGCGAGGAGAAAGUGGACGAGGACAGGAAUGUGUUCUUCCACUUAACGGAGCCCACUGUGACUGACUGUGAUGUAAAUAAAUCAAGGACAAUCAAUCCGUCUGGCUCUGCUGCUCUGGUCUGCAGAGGGACAGGACCUGUGAAUCUCUUCCCUUGACUACUCUUCCUGCUCUAUUAUAACCAGAGAGAACAAGGGAGGGAGAGAGAGAGAAAAGAGGGAUGGAGAGAGUCAGUCAGUCAGUCACUCAGUCACAUUGUCAGAUAAACAGACUGUUACAGAGAACCAAAGAGUCCAAGUGUUAACGAACUAUGUUAUUGCAGUGAAAAGGCAAGUGGCAAGAAAGUUCCAGAGUGACAAUAGAAGGAAGGAAGUCUUUAUCUAUUCUACCGUACGCUAUGUUUACACAGAGCUCAUGGGGUUAAGUCAUAUUUUUAAAAAUGACGAACGUAUUCCUUGUACACUUAUGAGGACUGAUCAUUUGUUUGCAUGCAGGUGCGCCUGUGUGUGUGUGUGUGUGUGUGUGUGUGUGUGUGUGUGUGUGUGUGUGUGUGUGAGUGGCCAAGUACAUGCUUUGCUUGCAGUAGGUGUGUUGUGUGUGUGUGAGCAAGUGAGAGCGAGUGCGUGCGCACGCAUGUGUCUGGGGGGUGGGGGGUUGGGAUUUUACCUUUUUAAGAUCUGUUGUAUAUUAGACAAACCUCCUGAGGGCUUUAGCAGGUUAAAAUAAGGUUUACUGUAUAUGCUUCCAUGCUUACUUCUUACAAGCAAUGCUGUUGUUUAUCUUUCCGUUUGUUGUUGUUGUCCCUUGCCGUUUGUUUGUUUGUUGUUGCAUGGAAGCUUGUGGACCUCUGCUCAGUAGCAGCAUGCCGAAGGUCCUUUUUUCCUGGUUUUACGUGUUCCUGACCAAAAGAGAACACUAGUGAGCCAAUAGUGUCGUACCAGAACACUAGUGAACCAAUGUGAGGGUGUUGGAACACUACUGGACCAAUAGUAUUGCACCAGAACAUGAGAGGACCAAUGGUGUUGGACCAGACACAGUUUAACCAAUGGGAGCACAGAUCAACAUAAUAUUUUGGUUCCUGCUGUGGACAAACUAGAAAUGCACUAAAUAAACUCUUUCUAAAGAACUUAAAA